AAGUCGGUGUGAGUUUACAGCAGCAUGGCAACCAGAGAGCAUGGAAACAGUCUGCCAGCAGGAGAAACCCAUAUUCAAGCCCCUCAUGCUGGUAAACAUCCGUCCUGCUGAAGUGCCCUUCAGCAAGUAUCCCUACCAGGCUGACCUCUGACCCCCCAGUGGAGAGCGGAAGAGAACAGACUUCCCCUGCAGUGUGAGAAAAGUGAAGGAAAAAGUGUGAGGAGUGAGUCGAAAUGUACGAAACAUUUAAAAAAGCAGCGGGUGAAUAAGGGGUGUCGGCUGGUGGGUGUCGCUGGUGAUGUCACACCUCCCAGACAGCCAGGAUUGGACCCUAAUUAGAAAGCUCGGCAGCAAAUAGAUAGGAGUCCCGCAUGACUGAAUUCAAAGUGGCUGAUGCCAAAAUUUCUGCAGAGGCGCGGAAAACUGUCGGAGAGGAGCGGAGGAGACGGGGCGCCGGUAUCAGUGCUGCUGAGAGCUGCCACGCUGCGCUGCGAACAGUCUCUCCGUGAGCUGCAGGCGAGCUGGAGUUUCAGAGGUGAUACAGGAACAGCAAGACGCGCUCCCCCCCUGGUUUGGAGGGAUAAAAAAGGAGGGAGAGCCGAAAAUAUAGUCCGAGUCUACGUCAAACCCGAGGACGCUGCGUUACCAGAGAGCAGCGGAGGCUGAAGCGAGACAAGUACAAAGGAGAGUCGAGCCGCCGAGUCCAAGUUAUUCCUGCGCUUCGCUCCAAAGGCUGCGCUGAUGGCAUCCGUACUUGGAAACAACAGCCGCGCGUCCGGGGCUCAGAGCGGCCAGGUCAAAUGCAAGCUGAAGAGGAGGAGGAGGAGGCGAUCUAAGAGAAAAGAGAAAGUCAGUAUGCUGUCAGCAUUGAUCGCUCCCUUCAAGUACAUAAGCCCUGGGACCAGCAGCACAGAGGACGAGGACAGUUUAAGUACCAGCAGUGCAGAGGUGAAGGAAAACCGUAACAUCGGUAAUUUAGAGGAUCGCACCAUAGGACCUGCAGAGUGUCAGUCGCUUUUCUGCUCCGACUCUACAAGAAGCAGUAGCUCUGGUCUGAAGAGGAAACGGCCGCUGGAGGAAGACAACAAUGGGCACUUGUGUCAGCUCCGCCUGAUCUAUAAGAAACUGUCCUGGUCUGAGGCUCCAAAGAAUGCCUUGGUGCAGCUGAACGAGCUCCGGCCGGGCCUGCAGUACCGCAUGGUGUCUCAGACGGGCCCUGUGCACGCUCCUGUUUUCUCCAUCGCUGUGGAGGUGAACGGGCUGACAUUCGAGGGCACAGGCCCCACAAAGAAGAAAGCUAAGAUGAGGGCUGCUGAGCUGGCCCUUAAAUCCUUCAUCCAGUUCCCCAAUGCUCCUCAGGCCCACCUAGCCAUGGGAAACAUCUCCAACCCUUCAGCCGACUUCACCUCAGACCAGGCGGACUUCCCUGACACACUCUUUAAGGAAUUUGAGUCUUCACCGUGCUCCGAUGGCCUCUCGCUCUGCAACUCAGCAGCUGAGAGCGAGCUGCUAUCGAGCGAGCUACUGAGACAUGGACGGUUGCUUCGCCACACCUUGGACCUGAUGGUGCAGGCUCAGCAGAGGUUGGGUGGGAUUGUUCCAGAGCCCGAGGCCCCUAAGAGCCCUGUGGCGUUGCUAAAUGAGCUCCGGCCUGGCCUGCGCUACGCCUGCCUUUCAGAGAGAGCUGAAGGCCGACGGCUGCGCAGCUUUGUGAUGGCGGUGCGCGUGGACGGGCGGAUAUUUGAGGGCUGCGGUCGCAGCAAGAAGCUGGCCAAGACCCAGGCGGCCCAGUGUGCUCUUCAGGCCCUCUUCAACAUCAGGACAGCCCCUGAGGGGAGGACAGGCCUCAAAGCCAGCAGGAAGAGUUGUCCUCAUUUACCCCAGGACUUUGCCGAUUCAAUAUUCCACUUGGUGAGGGAGAAGUACCGGUCGCUGGUGGGCGGCUGCAGUCCUGCGCACGCUCGACACAAAUCCCUGGCAGGCAUCGUAAUGACCCGAGGACUGGACCUGAGGCACGCCCAGGUGGUGGCGUUAUCCACGGGCACCAAGUGUAUCAACGGGGAGUAUCUGAGCGACCAGGGACAGGUGGUGAACGACUGUCACGCUGAAGUCACGGCCCGCAGAGCCCUGCUACGCUUCCUCUACUCACAACUCGAACUCUUCUUGAGUAAAAGGCCAGAGGACUGGGAGGAGUCGAUAUUCGUGCGGCACAAGGAUUGUGGCUACAGGUUGAGAGACAACGUCCAUUUCCACAUGUACAUCAGCACCUCACCGUGUGGCGACGGGAGACUCAACUCACCCUACGAAAUCACCACUGACCUUCACAGCAGCAGACACCUCAUGAGGAAGCAUCGGAACCACCUGCGGACCAAAAUCGAGUCGGGCGAGGGGACGGUGCCGGUGCGAUGCCGGGGGCCCGUGCAGACGUGGGACGGCAUCUUACAGGGCGAGCAGCUCAUCACCAUGUCCUGCACCGACAAGAUCACAAGAUGGAACAUCCUGGGCCUGCAGGGGGCGCUGCUCAGCCACUUCGUGGAGCCGGUGUACCUUCACAGCGUGACCGUCGGCAGCCUGCGCCACACGGGCCAUCUGGGCCGAGUUCUGAACCAGCGGCAGGAACGGCUCGGCCCGCUGCCCGCCACCUACAGACGCAACCAGCCCCUGCUCAGUGGGCUGAGCAGUGCCGAGUACCAGCAGACAGGGAAGGCCUCGUGUGUGAGCGUCAACUGGUCGCUGGGCGACACACAGUUGGAGGUGGUCAACACCGCCACAGGACGGAGACGGGACUCAGGGACACCCUCGCGUCUCUGCAAGCACGCCCUGUUCACCCGCUGGAGCAGACUUUACCGCAAGCUGGGGAUCCACGUGUCCAGCUCGGUGGACCGCCAGCUCAUGUACUGCGAGGCCAAGAUGGCGGCGCGUCCUUACCAGACAGUGAAGCAGCAGUGGUUCAGAUCUCUGCAGGAAACAGGCCUCGGUACCUGGGUGAAGAAACCGCCCGAGCAGGAACAGUUCCUGCUGUCGGUCUGA